AUGAUUUGGGGUGUUGCUCUCCUCUGGGUCCUUCCCGGUGAGCCUAUCCGCGCCCGAGGCCUCUCUGAGCGUGAGCGAUACCUUGCCGUCGCCAGGCUCCGAACCAACAACGCCGGUAUCCGCAACACCCACUUCAAGAGCUCCCAGGUCAAGGAGCUGCUUGUCGACGUCAAGUUCUGGCUCCUCUUCUGGAUCGCCACCCUCUGCAUGAUUGCCAACGGCCCCAUCUCCACCUUCUUGCCCAUCAUCAUCAACUCGUUCGGCUUCGGACCCUUCAACUCCCUUCUCCUCCUCAUGCCCUGCGGCUUCUACUCGGGAACCAUGUGUCUCUUCUUCUGCUGGUGCUGCUACAAGUUCAAGAACGUUCGCUCUUGGCUGUUCUGCGUGGCCGAGACUAUCGCCAUCCUCUCUUGCCUGCUGCUCGUUCUUCUCCCCCGCGACAAGAAGGGCCCUCUCCUCUUUGGAGCCAUCAUCCUCCCCGUCGUGGGUGCCAGUUAUGGUGUCUUGAUGAGCAUCCAGGUCGCCAACACUGCUGGAUAUACCAAGAAAUCCAUCGCCUCGUCCGGAUUGUUCAUCGGCUACUGCGUCGGAAACUUUAUCGGCCCUCUCGUCUUUAGGCCCCAGGAUGCGCCCCGGUACAUUCCCGGUUUUACCGUUGUCAUCAUCACUUCCUUCAUCUCCAUCGUGCUCAUGGUCAUCUACCGAGUCAUUUGCGCGCGGGACAACCGCAAGAGGGACGAGGUUGGCGCUGAGAGCUUCAACAAUGCCUUCAACGACGACUUGACCGACAAGACGAACGCUCAAUUCCGAUACAUUUAUUAA